GGCGAUAAUGACCCUAUUUGGACACUGAGCGCCUUAAAACCAAAGAAGAAGAAGACACUUCCGGUUGAGUCCGGCGGAAACGAAGGCGCCAAAAUCAAACCGGAGGAGGAAAAGUAAACAAACAAACAGCCGGUCUGUUCAGCUCAACUGUAGGAGUUUAUUUAUCUGUUAACAUACUUUAUAACACUCUGAUGAUAAGAUGAACCCGACGUCUCGGUUCUUUAGUUCUCUGAGGAAGCUGGCGGUGACUUUAGAGACAGAAACGAAUAAACUACAGGACAACUAUCAGACCAGGAACAACCAGGACGAGGACGAGGAGGACAGCGACAGCACAGUGAAAGCCAUACGAGCAUAUCAUGAAGUGAACUGUGACGUCAGGAACCUGAAGGGGCAGAUCCAGGGUGAGGUUGCUCAGCAGAAAGCACAGGUUAAUGAAGUGAGCAGCUUUAUUAAGGCCUGUAGAGUGACGGAGCAGAGGGUCACGAAGGACAUCCAGACACUGAAGGGACACUGGGAAAAAUACGGUUACAAAGCUCCCCAAGACACCCAGAGACCAACCAAGGCCAAAGAUCAGGAGUCAGAGGAUGAAGAUGAAGAAGCAGCAGAUGAGAAUGAAACCAAGUCAGCAGGAGGAGAAGAAGAAGGAGGAAGCCAGGAGGAGGCUGGAGUCAGUCACUCCUUAUCGUCUCCGACGGCGAAACCGCCGCCCUUCACUGACGUGAUGCAUACCCCGCAGCUCUCUGACUUCGGCCUGUGUGAGAUGGCGAUGAAGAGAGCUCUGGCUGGGGUGGGGUGGUGCCCCGAGGUGCCUCCUAUGCCCAAGUUGAGCAUUCCUCAUCCCACCCUCACCACGCCUGCACCGCCGCCAAUGCCCUUGACCCCCAAACGCGCCCUGCGGAUGGAUGACGACGAGCUACAGACGCCUCAGAUGUCUGACUUUGGCAUUUCAGAGCACACCAUGUGUCUGAAUAACGACUUCACGAUGGAACUGUUCCGGAAAAACGUUGAGAAGCCCCAAAGACCACCACAAGAAAUCCCUGUACCACCAGUGAUGGAGAGUUUGCACACUAAAGCACAGAGCUUGAAGUCUCCAGAGCCUCCUGUGUUUUACACCCCGGGGUUCAAGAUCAAAAAGACAAACGGUCAGUGCUCCCCACCUGUGCAAAGCAACGGUGACCCAGAAUCGCCUGGGCGCCCUGGAAACCUGCCCACCACCCCCGAGGUCCCGGUGUUUCACAGCCCACACAUGAACCAACUGGUCAGCACCAGAAAGAGUGCACAGAAGAUCAACAUGCAAGUUGAUGAUGAUGACGCGCCGACCUUAGACCUUCCGUCAACUCGUAACAGAGCAACUGGCUCCAAACGCCCCUGGGAGUACGAUGUGCCACAAAUAACCUUCGCGGGUGUGGAGGACGAGCAGAUGCCAGAGAUGCCAAACCUGGAGUCUGUUUUGGGGAAUUCUUUACAAACUAGAAGUGCAAAAAUGAAGAAGAAGACUAUGGAGCAUAAAGUGGCGACCAAGGAGCCCGCUGUCAACAAUCUGGAGCUGGACGGACCCACCCAGGAGUUCAGCUUGGGGACACCUCGCAUCAGGAUGGACUACCAAGAGCCCAGCACCCCAGAGGUGCCCGACCUCAGCUCGGUCACACAGGACAUCUGUAAACUUGUGUCCCAGGCUCGGGUGAAGAAGACGGCUACGGCGGUUGUGCAUCCAAAUGUCAGGCCAGAAACUAAUAAAAACAGAGCUGUGAGUCUGUCUGUGGUGUCAGAGAGCGAGUUCCAGAGUUUACCAAAGUACAUGAAGCAGAUGACUCUGCUCAACCUCAACCAGGUGGUCCACAACAUCAACAAGUUCACAGAAGAGAGUCGAGGAGAACAGACAGAGUUUCUGAUGGAGGAGCUGAGGAAUAUUUGCUUUGUUGGAGCUGAGACCCCCGUUUACAUCCUCUGUCUGACGGAGGUCAAGAGGCUGCAGCAGCUGAGCGGAGCGAGGAACACCUCCGUGUACAAACUGUGCACACACAACUAAAGGUUGCAUGACGCCUUGUACGAUUUGGGAGCCCAAAUGUAGUGUCAUCCGGACUCACAAGAACCUGCUUGUACAUCCAUCUUUAAGUCACAGAUAUGCAAAAAAAGAGGAAUCCUGACUAUUUUUUUUUAAUUUUAAAGCUGGCUUGAUAACUUUUGUAUCUAGAUUGUAAAUAGUUGUGAUGCAUGGCUAGUUAAUUGUUUUGGUUAUAAACUCUGUAUAUAAUAAAGUUAAUAAACACAUUACUGCACAUAA